AUGACCACAACUCUUAAAACACAUCAGAAAGUUCACACUGGAGAGAAACCUUACAAAUAUAGGGAAUGUGACAAAUGUUUUACCAAGUGGUCACAUCUUCAAAGACAUCAGAGUGUUCAUAACCAAGAGAGACCUUACAAAUGUAAGGAAUGUGGGAAAUCUUUUACUAAGUGCUCAACUCUUCAAACACAUCAGAAAGUUCAUAAUGUAGAGAAACCUUACACAUCUGGGAACCGGCUGACUGAGGCCUGGGUAGUUGUACUGAGAGCCAAAGCCCAAGUGUCAAGGACCUGUUCAGGUGCAGAGCAAGCAGGCCGGCACCGUGGGGAAUCACGGUGGUGCAGACCUGGGGUCAGAACACAAGGAGGACUUCGGGGAGGUAAAGCUCGGGGCAGCCGUGGGCGCCGCGCGGGGAAUCCUGGGGGAGUCUGCAGUGCAGUGGCUGGAACCGCCUCCCUACCGCCCUGGAUCCUCCCAGGGCUCACACUGAUCACCCAGACCUGCUUACCUGUGGAGCACAACAAAGAAACCUGGAAGGUGGAGAGAGAGGAGACAGUAGCUAAGGAUCCAGGUAUGACCAACAACUUCAAAGCAUGGUUCUGGUGCCUGGUGUUGGUUUUGUUAAAAAAAAAAUCUAUGGCCCUUGUGAGGAGCAUUAUCACCCCAGGACCACAAGUUGGCUAUUCUUUUUUCCUAAAAGAGAAACUCAGAGAAGAGAAGAGAAACAGAAAUGGAUGAUUUUCCAGUAAACGCGUCUCAGGUCUGUGGUCAUGUUCGCUUCUUUUCUAGAAAUGCUAUAUUUUCAGGUAUUUCAAGCUUUUAAAUUUCUGCUUUUAUAAUUUUUUUAUUGUAAGACACAUUGGAAACAAACAAACAUAAUCACACACUGAAAAUAACCAGAGAAAAAUCUGUACAAACGAAUGAGCUUUUAUAUGGUUAAAUUAGUCACUGGGAACAAAAACUGUGGCGACUCAUUUGAUUUAAUAGUUUCAAUAUCUGAUAUGUUUUGAUGUACUUACCUACCACCAAAACACACAAAAAGUGUAACAUUAUAAUAAAAAACAUAUGAAUUAGAAAUAGAAAAGCUAUUAGUGUUAUGUAUUUUUUCAUAACUGGUGGUUAUUACCUGCUUUCAGUCCUAUCUCAACCCCUGAUAUUAAAUAUUUCUUGUUCUCUUUUCUCCGUGUUCUUUUGUGUCCACAUGUACAUGGUUUCCAUAAGCAAAUAUUGUUGUGUAGAUUCUGCAUAUGAGGAAAGAUCUGUUUUCUUCUUUCUGGUAAUGUAUGACCUCACUUAAUAGUACAUAUUCUAAGUCCAGUUAUUUUCCUACAAAUUAUUAUUACAUUUCUCUCUUUACCUGAAUAGAUUUCCNUUUUAUAUGUGUAACAUUUUCAUUAUCCAUUCAUGUGGUGGUAGACAAUUAGGUUGAUUAAUUCUUUGCACUGGUGAAUAAAGNACCAGUACACAUGGGGUGUAAAUAUGU